AAUCCCUGUGAGAAGCCUGAAGAAAACAUCAUCAUGUUGUCUCUAGAUUAUAAAGAAGAUGAAGAUACCAGGCAGAGCUCUUCAGGAGAAAACUUCAUUACUUGUACUGUACAUCCAGGACUUCACAAUGCAGAGCCAUCAAAUAAUUCCCCCAAGGAUGAGGAACUUUCUAAUGACCAAUCACAGAUUAUUAACCCAAGUCCAAAUCUAUCAUAUAAUCAUCCUAAACAUGAGGAAUCUUCUCCUGACCAAUCACAGAUUAUUACUCCAAAUAUAGGGCAGAAACGGGGUAAAAGGUUUAAUUGUGAGGAAUGUGGAAAACAUUUCAGAUAUAAGUCAGAGCUUUCUGUACACAGAAAUAGUCACACAGGAGAGAAGCCGUAUUCAUGUUCAGAAUGUGGGAAAUGCUUUCCAUAUAAAUCAUAUCUUUUAAGACACGAGAGAAUUCACACAGGAGAGAAGCCGUAUUCAUGUUCAGAAUGUGGGAAAUGUUUUAACAAGAAGUCAAGUCUUGAUCGACACAAAAGAAUUCACACAGGAGAGAAGCCUUAUUCAUGUUCAGAAUGUGGAAAAUGUUUCAUAGAAAAACGAAGUCUUACUAUACAUCAACGAAUUCAUACAGGAGAAAAACCAUUUUCAUGUUCAGAAUGUGGGAAAUGUUUCAUAGAAAAACGAAGUCUUAUUAUACAUCAACGAUUUCACACAGGAGAAACGCCAUUUUCAUGUUCAGAAUGUGGAAAAUGCUUUAACAUGAAAUCAAACCUUGAUCAACAUAAGAGAAUCCACACAGGAGAGAAGCCGUAUUCAUGUUCAGAAUGUGGGAAAUAUUUUAGAGAUAAAUCAGAGAUUUUAAAACAUGAGAGAAUUCACACAGGAGUUAAGCCAUAUUCAUGUUCAGAGUGUAGGAAAUGUUUUACCAAGAAAUCAAAUCUUGAUCGGCAUAAAAGAAUUCACACAGGAGAGAAGCCAUAUUCAUGUUCAGAAUGUGGGAAAUGUGUUACCAAGAAAUCAAGUCUUGAACAACAUAAGAGAAUUCACACAGGAGAGAAGCCAUAUUCAUGUUCAGAAUGUGGGAAAUGCUUUGUCAGGAAAUCAAAUCUUAAUCAACAUAAGAUCAUUCACACAGGAGAGAAGCCAUAUUCAUGUUCAGAGUGUGGUAAAUGUUUUACAGAUAAAUCAUAUCUGGUUGCACAUCAGAGAAUUCACACAGGAGAGAAGCCAUAUUCAUGUUCAAAUUGUGGGAAAUGUUUCACAGAAAAAAAACGUCUUACUACACAUCAGAGAAGUCACAAAGGAGAGAAACCAUUUUCAUGUUCAGAAUGCGGGAAAUGCUUUACCAAGAAAUUAAGUCUUGAACAACAUAAGAGAAUUCAUACAGGAGAGAAGACAUGUUAAUGUUUUGUGUAAGAAUAAUGUUUUACAAAGAAAUUAACCACCUCCAGACUGAUUGCACUUUCAUGACAGCCUUUUUUUGUAAAUCUGACUUGUCGCUUUAUGUGAUAACUUUGGAAUUCUUUUACUUAUCCAAACAAUUCUGACACUUUUUUCAUGACACAUUGUACUUCAUCAUAAUGGUAAAUUUGGGUUGAUACAUUUUAUUUUUUUAAAUAAAGGCAAAAUAUAUGACCACCAAAUAUAGAAAGGCACACCUGAAGAUGCAGAGAAAGCGAGAAAUAUUCCAAGCUCCAGUAUUGCAGGCAAACUAACCCCCCACCAAGCACAGAAAUGUCCAGACAAACAUCUGUGUUAUCUAUCGGGGUAGGGGAGUAGUUUUAAGAAAGAUUUGAAGACCUGCAAAAACAUUAAGACCUCUGUAGACCACACCUGCCUAGACAGGGGUUUCUAUGGACAGCAGUCUACAUGAUGCACAUUUAAAUAACACAAUUCAUUAAUGCAAACGAUAAUUACAUUUUUAGUUUCAACAAUUUAAAAGAUAAUAAAUGAGCGUUUUUGGUUCAAUUGCUCAAUUGUUACAUACAUGCACAUGACACGACUGUCGUCCAUCUUCCAUCAUAAUGAUUAUCUACUCGUCUAAAUGCACAAUUAGUGUAGCGAUCCCAAACCUAACACUUCCUGAGGGUUACAGGGGUCAUCAGAUUUGAAAACUCUCAGUGC